AUGGGGAAAGGCGGGGGGGGCGCAGGGGGAGCCGGGAUGGGCGGCGGCGGGGGAAGCGGCGGGAGAGGCGGCGGGGGAGGUGGAGCGGCGGGAAGCGCGGUGCGCGUGUGCGUGUUCGACUCGCGGAGGGGGAAGCGGGAGGGGGAAGAGGCGGAGAAGCUUCUGUUCUUCUUUCCGCCCGCCACUCCGCCGUCCGAGCAAGUGGCUCUACUUGGCCUCUGGGAGGGGCUACUCGCCUUCACCAGUGUCCCCUGCUCGCCCACCAGUCCCACGUUAAAGCCCCGAUGUGCUGCCCUCCCUCUCCCCCCCGCUCCCCACUCUGCUGCCUAUCCACGUAUUGCCUUCCGCCCCCGUCAGGAUCUUCUCCCCCCAUCGCCCCUGAUCUUCUCCCCCCAUCGCCCCUGUGAAGUGAUGCGAGCGCAUUUCAACCGCCACGUGCUGCUGGAGUGUGAGCCGGGCAUCUUCAUGGUGCUGGUGGUGGAGUGUCGGGGGGUGAACGGCAUCGUGCCGCCCGACGCUACAGUGCGCGACGAAGCUCUUCGGCAGUAUCUGGUGGAGGCGCAUGGGCUUUUUUGUCUCUUCUUCGGCAGCAUCAACCGCCUGUUGCAGCAGCAGCAACCCCACCCUCCUCCUCCUCUCCCCUCAGAAGCAACAACUGGGCCCUCAUCAAAUACUUCAUCAGAUCUUGAGUCCAGCACUCCUUCACACGAUUCCCCGUCGGCCGUUCCCCUUUCAGCCGACUUAGCCCGUGCCUGCCUGCAAGCCUUCCUCCCGGACUUUCUCACAGAGGCUCCUCCAAACUUGCCUCUUUUAGAGGCUCCUCCAAACUUGCCUCUUUUAGAGGCUCCUCCAAACUUGCCUCUUUUAGAGGCUCCUCCAAACUUGCCUCUUGUAGAGGCUCCUCCAAACUUUGUCUCUUCUGACUUGUGUGGAUCGUACUCGCGGGUACCUGAACCCUCCGCUCUCGCAUUCCUCUUCCCCCUCACUGCUCGCACACCUCACUGCUCCCCUUUUCCCUCCUCACUGCGCUCCCCCCCACCCCUCAUCCCUCCAGGUGGCUCCCCAGAACCAUCCGCCCUCGCAUUCCCCUUCGCCCUAUCCGCUCCCACCACUCCUCGAGUGCGCCUGCCUGCUCUUCUCGACUCUCUCUCUAACCGCCUCUCCUGCCGCCAGCUCAACCUCUCCCGCUCCCUCACGCUCCCUGCUCUGGCGAGCAACAGGUUGAGGCGAGCAGGAAUGCGCACUCGAGGAGGCGUGUGGCAUGCAUACCCCACGCCUCCUCGAGUGCGCAUGCCUGCUCUCCUCGAUUCCCUCUCCAACCGCCUCUCCAACCGCCUCUCCUACCGCCUCUCCUACCGCCUCUCCUGUCGUCAAUUGAACCUCCCCCGCUCCCUCACACUCCCCUCACCGGUGAGUCACUCCCUUGUCCCUGCACGCAUACCCCUUAACCUAUUUCUCGCCGCUGCUCUCCUCAACUACCUCUCCACCACUAUCUCUCUCUCUGCUCUUGUUCUGAAACUCUUCCCCCUCCCCUCCCCAUCAUCAGUCUCUCGCCCAUCGCUUGGCAUACGCCUUUCAAGGAGGGGCGCUGCUGCCGUUUUCUUUCAACUUUACUCUCUCUUAAACGCCUCCCUCCCAUCUCGCCUUUCAAGGAGGGGCGCUGCUGCCGUUUUGUUUCAACUUUACUCUCUCUUAAACGCCUCCCUCCCAUCUCGCCUUUCAAGGAGGGGCGCUGCUGCCGUUUUGUUUCAACUUUACUCUCUCUUAAACGCCUCCCUCCCAUCUCGCCUUUCAAGGAGGGGCGCUGCUGCCGUUUUGUUUCAACUUUACUCUCUCUUAAACGCCUCCCUCCCAUCUCGCCUUUCAAGGAGGGGCGCUGCUGCCGUUUUGUUUCAACUUUACUCUCUCUUAAACGCCUCCCUCCCAUCUCGCCUUUCAAGGAGGGGCGCUGCUGCCGUUUUGUUUCAACUUUACUCUCUCUUAAACGCCUCCCUCCCAUCUCGCCUUUCAAGGAGGGGCGCUGCUGCCGUUUUGAGGGGCGCUGCUGCCGUUUUGUUUCAACUUUACUCUCUCUUAAACGCCUCCCUCCCAUCUCGCCUUUCAAGGAGGGGCGCUGCUGCCGUUUUGUUUCAACUUUACUCUCUCUUAAACGCCUCCCUCCCAUCUCGCCUUUCAAGGAGGGGCGCUGCUGCCGUUUUGUUUCAACUUUACUCUCUCUUAAACGCCUCCCUCCCAUCUCGCCUUUCAAGGAGGGGCGCUGCUGCCGUUUUGUUUCAACUUUACUCUCUCUUAAACGCCUCCCUCCCAUCUCGCCUUUCAAGGAGGGGCGCUGCUGCCGUUUUGUUUCAACUUUACUCUCUCUUAAACGCCUCCCUCCCAUCUCUCCUUUCAAGGAGGGGCGCUGCUGCCGUUUUGUUUCAACUUUACUCUCUCUUAAACGCCUCCCUCCCAUCUCGCCUUUCAAGGAGGGGCGCUGCUGCCGUUUUGUUUCAACUUUACACUCUCUUAAACGCCUCCCUCCCAUCUCGCCUUUCAAGGAGGGGCGCUGCUGCCGUUUUGUUUCAACUUUACUCUCUCUUAAACGCCUCCCUCCCAUCUCGCCUUUCAAGGAGGGGCGCUGCUGCCGUUUUGUUUCAACUUUACUCUCUCUUAAACGCCUCCCUCCCAUCUCGCCUUUCAAGGAGGGGCGCUGCUGCCGUUUUGUUUCAACUUUACUCUCUCGUAAACGCCUCCCUCCCAUGUCGCCUUUCAAGGAGGGGCGCUGCUGCCGUUUUGUUUCAACUUUACUCUCUCUUAAACGCCUCCCUCCCAUCUCGCCUUUCAAGGAGGGGCGCUGCUGCCGUUUUGUUUCAACUUUACUCUCUCUUAAACGCCUCCCUCCCAUCUCUCCUUUCAAGGAGGGGCGCUGCUGCCGUUUUGUUUCAACUUUACUCUCUCUUAAACGCCUCCCUCCCAUCUCUCCUUUCAAGGAGGGGCGCUGCUGCCGUUUUGUUUCAACUUUACUCUCUCUUAAACGCCUCCCUCCCAUCUCGCCUUUCAAGGAGGGGCGCUGCUGCCGUUUUGUUUCAACUUUACUCUCUCUUAAACGCCUCCCUCCCAUCUCUCCUUUCAAGGAGGGGCGCUGCUGCCGUUUUGUUUCAACUUUACUCUCUCUUAAACGCCUCCCUCCCAUCUCGCCUUUCAAGGAGGGGCGCUGCUGCUCUGCCACAACCUCUUUUCUCAAUCACCCUCAGCUCUGCUUUUCCCUUCUCCCUCCCAUCCCUCCUCCUCCCACCAGUCGCUCGCCCAUCGCCUGGCGGACGCCUUUCAAGGAGGGGCGCUGCUGCUCUGCCACAACCUGCUGCUCGCCUCCACCCUCUCCCCGAGCCUUGUUCUGCUGCUCUGCCACAACCUGUUGCUCGCCUCCACCCUCUCCCUGGUAACCACACUCAAACCUUCCUCCCGGCUGACACUGCAACAUUACACUCCUACACAUGCCUCCUCUUCUCCCCACCCCGCUCUUCCUCGAGAUUGCCCUCAAAGAAAAAUACUCUCUUUCCCUCUUUUCUUCCCACCCAUUUCCCCCCUCACCCCUCUCCGCCACCCACCCUCAGGCUGACACUGCAGCACUACACUCCUACGCAUGCCUGCGCCUUUUUCGUCCACUUCAAAGUCCUCUUUCCGCCUCCCCUACCCCCUCCCCCCUCCCUCCCUCCCUCCCUCUCCCCUUUUCCUCCUUUCCACCCCGCCUUCCCUCAGGCUGACACUGCAGCAUUACACUCUUACGCAUGCCUGCGUCUCCUCCCCUCCUCCCUCUCCCCUUCCUCCUCCUCCUCUUCCAUCCUUCGCUCCCUCUCCCCCUUCCGCUCCCCCUUCACCUCCUCCUCCUCCGCCUCCUCCUCCCCUUCCUCUCACCGCCCCUCCUCCCCCUCGCCCCGUCGCACCUCUUCCUCUUUCCUCAGCCCCUCAAUCACUCCCUCACUCACUCCCUCACUCGCUCCCACCCUACCUCGCUCCUCUUCCACACCCUCACUCGCCCACCUCUCCCCUUUCGGCCACACUCCCCCUCUCUCCCCCUCUGCUUGCCCCAACCCCAACCAGCCAUUCCCCCUUUCUUCCUCCGCGUCCAACCCCCCCACCCUCUCCUCCCCUUUCCCCCUCCCCUACUCCUCCCCACCCCUCCCGCUUCGCCCGUCAUCCUGGGCCAAAUCCACGUCAGGCCACUCCCUUUCCACGUCAGCAUGGGGAGUGGAUCCCCAAAGCAACACCCCUCUCCCCCCUCUUGUCUACCUAAGGUCUUUGGGAGUAGAGCUGCUGGAGAUGGAAGCAUUGGAGGCGUCGCUUCAGCAGCACCACAUCAACCCGCAAGCAGCACACGUCCAGUUACAUGGUGCCAGCUGCUACCUCUGCAAGAACCUCCUGCCUCCAUGCCUCUCCAUGCUUGCUCCCUCCCCUCCCACUCAUCAUCAGCUGCUGAGGGAGAUGGAAGCAUUGGAGGCGUCACUUCAGCAGCACCACAUCAACCCGCAAGCCGCCCACAUUCAGGGCUGCCGCUACCUCUGCACCGACCCUCUGCUCCGCUCCUUUUCUGCCUCCCCGCCCUGCAAAGUCACCACCCUCGCCAAGGACUCCCUUGCGGUGCUGAACCAGAUGAGACACGAGGCGGACAGGCAGCAGCAGAGGAGGGAGAUGAUGAGGGUGCAGGGGGGAAGAAGGAAGAGAAGAGAUGCGCUUACUGGGAGGGCGAGAAGAGGAGAGAAAGGCUGGAAGGAGCAACAUUCGGCCAGCACACGAGGAAUAGAUUCGGAGAUGGAGAAUUCCAAGGGCGAAGAGGGGGAUCGCAGAGGGAGAGAGGCGGAGGGAGCGGCAGAUGUGGGAGGCGAGGGGGAGCAGAGUGUAGCUGUUGUUGGGGAGAGGAAAGGGAUAAGUCCGGAGGAGGGAGGAGAGGGUGGGGUGGAAGAGGCGGGAGAGGAGUGGCUUGCAGAGAGGGAUGAGGAGGAGAUUGAGGAGGAGAGUGAGGAGGAGAGUGAGGAGGAGAGUGAGGAGGUGGCAUCGAAGGUGGGGAGGAAUGCGUGGGUGGUGGAGAGAAGGAGUGGCGGGCGGCAGCUGGUGGUGGCAGUGGAGAGAGGAUGCGACUCGCUGCUGGGAGCAGAAGAACUUGUGGACAGACUGAAUGCCCAGCACUUUGGGGGUGUGUUCCCUUCUCAUUAA